AUAUAUAUAUUCUAUAAGAAUCUAAUAAGUGUUGAAAGUAAUCAAAAGCCAGCAACAUCUUAUUGGUAUAAUUCCGCAACUUUGCACAAUGAAUUAAGUAAACAAAUUGUAGGUGCAAGUCAAUAAAGGAUUUUCCAUCUUAUUUUAGUCUUUACCUAUUAUCACGUUACUGUGUAAACGUGAAGAUAAGUUCCCUUCCUCCUUAGUUUGACGAUCUCUACAGUUAAUUGACUUUUGUGACUUGUGUCAUGGUUCGCUUAACACGUAAAGAACAUCAGGAUAAAAUAAAUCUUUUAGCCAGUAUCAACAAAGUGAAUAUUGUUGAUGAAGUCGAGGCCACUGACAACGAUGGGUUUAAGCAUAUUAACGAUUAUAAAUCGCUUUCACGUUAUUCGGAAAAUAAUGAUAUUUUUCUUAAGGGCCUCUUGCUAAGCAAUCCAUCAACACCAAAGGAGCUUUUGUUAAAUCCCAUAAAACCAGAAGUGGUGCCAGCUUUUUUGCCAGCUCAUUUAAACAAUAAACCAAUUUGCGACGAUAUCAUACGGAAGUUUUCGCCCUCCAGACGUUUGGAAUCGCGCGAAUUAGCCAAGCUAUUAAACCAACCACAUUUUAGGGCCCUUAUACGCGCUCACGAUGAAAUAGGUUAUCUCUAUGAGAAUCGUUUAAAAGCUGCCGGUGGUUCACUUGUUAAAUUGGAGAAAAUAUCUCAGCGUAAGUCGGGCGGUUAUCUUUUCCCUCCGGAAAUCAUAAAUAGUACAAUGCCCGUUGAAACAAUUAAAAUGGUUGGUUUGCGUCGCAUUCCAAAGCAACCAUUGGGUCUUACGGUUGAAUUAGAUGAUCAUAAGCAAUUGGUAGUUGCCCGUAUAUUAGCUGGCGGUGUUAUUGAUAAGCAGGGCUUAUUACAUCCCGGGGAUGUUAUUUUAGAAGUCAAUGGUAUACCUGUUCGUACACCCGAUGAACUAAAAAUUGAAGUAUCACGAGCCAAAGAGAAUCUCACCCUAAAAAUUGGCCCUAACGUCGAUGAAGAAAUACGUUCGGGACGUUUAACAAGUGGCCAGUGUUACAUGCGUGCCUUAUAUACUUACAAUCCCUCAGAUGAUUCCUUACUGCCAUGCAAAGAUAUCGGUUUGGCUUUCAAAUCCGGUGAUAUUUUACAGAUCAUUAAUGUUAAGGACCCGAAUUGGUGGCAGGUUAAAAAUAUAACUUCCCAAAGCGAUCAGAUUGGUUUGAUACCGUCCCAGGAAUUGGAAGAAAGACGUAAAGCUUUUGUAGCACCAGAGGCAGAUUAUGUGCAUAAGAUUGGCAUUUGCGGUACUCGGAUCUCAAAACGUAAGCGUAAAACUAUGUAUCGUUCGGUAGCUAAUUGUGAAUUUGAUAAAGCCGAACUAAUGCUUUAUGAAGAAGUGACACGAAUGCCACCUUUUCGACGAAAAACUCUGGCCUUAAUUGGUGUAUCUGGGGUGGGUAGACGUACUUUAAAAAAUCGUUUAGUUAACAGUGAUCCCGAUCGUUUCGGUUUCGUUAUACCACACACUACACGCCCAAAAAGAGCUCUGGAAGAGAACGGUAUUAGCUAUUGGUUUGUUGAUCGUGAAUGGAUGGAUCAAGAGAUUAAAGAGAAUAAAUUCUUGGAAUAUGGUGAAAAUAAUGGCCAUUUAUAUGGAACACAUAUAGAGUCCAUUAAGGAUGUCAUCGAAAGCGGGCGUAUGUGCGUCUUGGAUUGUGCGCCAAAUGCUUUGAAAAUUCUGCACAAUAGUCAAGAGCUGAUGCCAUUCGUUAUAUUUAUUGGUGCCCCUGGUAUGGAGCAACUGAAGUCUAUCUAUGCUGAACGGCGAGCCACAGGUUCAAAUAAAAAUUUGACGUUCGAUCGUCAAAGCUCGAUACGUUACAGCUCAAGACGUGCCCGCACUUUAGAAUCUCUUGCAUCACUUUAUGAGGAUGAUGAUUUAAUAUCGACCGUGGAGGAGAGUCGUUUUGUUCAACGCAAAUAUGAGAAAUAUUUCGAUAUGAUUAUUAUUAAUGAAGAUUUUGAUGACACGUUCCGUCAAGUCGUGGAGACAUUAGAUCAGAUGAGUCACGAAGAGCAGUGGGUGCCAGUAAACUGGAUUUAUUAGGAGACUUUCUUUGCAUUUCAACACAUUUCUCUGCUUUUGCUGCAAUCAUAGUAAAAUUCAACAAAAACGUAAAACGAAAGUGUUCUUAAGAGUAUGAAUGUUUUUUUUUUCUUUUUUAAUUAUUUAAUAGUUAGUAUGUAAACACAAGUUGAUACCAGUAAUCAAAGUUAAAAUUACGUAUAUUUUUAAGAAAUAGUCUCCAA